AUGCACUCACACAGAUAUUUAGGAAAAAAAAAAAACAAAGAAAAAACACGUCCACAGUUUCCCUCCCAUUUCUUCCGGUUUUCUUUAAACCCAACAAUGAACAGGUGUUUUCUCUUCUGAGUUCUGAGAUUAGACUUCCAAACCCAAAGCAGAAAUUCUUCACUUUCCCACAAAACAAGUUCCAACCUUUCCCACAAACUCUCCACUUUUUUCCUUCCCAUUUUCCCUCGAAACAAACAUGCAUCCUUCUCUCACCCUCCUCUUCUCUUUCCUCCUCCUCCUCUUCUUUCCCUCUCCCUCCAUAUCCUCACUCGCCGAGGUUCCCACUCUGAUGGCCAUCAAGGCCUCUCUGGACCCAAAAAAUCAGUUCUUGACUUCAUGGACCCCGACCGCUGACCCAUGCAGCGGCUCCUUCGAAGGCGUGGCGUGCAACGAGCAAGGCCUUGUCGCCAAUAUCUCUCUGCAAGGGAAGGGCCUCUCUGGUACAUUACCUUCAGCGUUGGCUAAUCUUCACAGCUUGACUGGGUUGUACUUGCACUUCAAUGCUCUGAACGGGAAAAUCCCAAAGGAGAUUGGUCGGUUGACCCUUCUCACUGAUUUAUAUCUCAAUGUUAAUAAUCUCUCUGCCCAGAUUCCUCCCCAGAUUGGCAACAUGCAUAAUCUUCAAGUUUUGCAGCUCUGCUACAAUAAGUUGACUGGCAGCAUACCAACACAAAUAGGAAAUAUGAAGAGGCUAAGUGUUCUUGCUUUGCAAUACAAUCAAUUGACUGGUGCAAUUCCUGCAAGUUUGGGUGAUUUGCAGAUGUUAACGAGGUUGGAUUUGAGCUUUAAUUACUUUUUUGGCUCUAUUCCAGUAUGGUUAGUUAAUGCUCCCAUGCUAGAGGUUCUUAACAUACAAAACAACUCUCUAUCAGGCAUGGUCCCUUCAGAUUUGAAGAGACUGAAUGGUGGAUUCCAGUACAAGAACAAUCCAGGAUUAUGUGGAGUUGGGUUUUCUGACUUGAGUGUUUGCAAGGCUGCUUAUGAUAUAAACCCAAACAGACCAGAACCAUUUGAACCUGGAAAUCUUUCUUCGAAAACUCUGCCAGAGUCAGCACCCUUAAAUUCUGAUUGCGGCAAAACCCAGUGUUCAAAACCAUCAAAAUCCUCACAAAUCGGUGUAGCUUUUGGGGUGAUUGGAGUUCUAAUUGCUUUGGGUGGUACUGGACUUUUCAUGUUUGCAUGGUACCGUCGACAAAAACAGAAAAUUGGAAAUUCCUUUGACGCUUCAGAUAGUCGGCUUAGUACUGACCAGGUUACGGAAGUUUACAGGAAGAGUGUGUCUCCUCUCAUCAGUCUUGAGUAUUCUAAUGGAUGGGACCCAAUUGCUAAAGGUCGAAGCGGAGUCUCUCAGGAGGUUCUUGAAAGCCUUAUGUUCAAUUUAGAGGAUGUGGGGCGUGCAACUCAGUGCUUCUCAGAGGUGAAUUUGUUGGGGAAGAGCAGUUUCUCUGCUAUCUACAAGGGGAUCCUCAGAGAUGGGUCUGCUGUUGCAAUAAAGUGCAUUUCCAAGAUGAGUUGUAAGUCUGAUGAAGCUGAGUUCUUGAAGGGGUUGAAGAUAUUGACCUCAUUGAAACAUGAAAAUCUUGUUAGGUUGAGAGGCUUUUGUUGUUCAAAAGGCAGGGGAGAGUGUUUUCUUAUCAAUGAGUUUGUCCAAAGUGGAAGUCUGUUGGAGUAUCUUGAUGUUAAGAGUUCCAGUGGGAAGGUUCUUGAAUGGUCUGCCAGAGUAUCUAUCAUCAAUGGCAUUGCCAAAGGCAUUGGGUACUUGCAUGGAAAUAGUGGAAACAAACCUGCUAUAGUUCACCAGAAUAUAUCGGCUGAGAAAGUGCUUGUUGACAUAUGGUAUAAUCCCUUGCUCCUAGAUUCAGGCUUGCACAAACUCCUUGCAGAUGACAUUGUCUACUCCACACUCAAAGCCAGUGCAGCCAUGGGAUACCUAGCUCCAGAGUACACAACCACUGGCCGCUUCACCGAAAAGAGUGAUGUAUAUGCAUUUGGUAUGAUUGUAUUUCAAAUCCUUGCCGGAAAGCGUAUAAUCAACCAGUUGACUCGCCACGCAGCCGAGUCUUGCAGAUUUGAGGAUUUUGUUGAUGCAAACCUUGAGGGUAAGUUCUCGGAAUCGGAAGCUGCUAAACUUGGGAGAAUCGCUCUGCUCUGCACCCAUGAAUCUCCCAACCUACGGCCUUCCAUGGAAAAUGUGAUGCAAGAAGUUAGUGGACUUAUUUAGCAGUCCUUGAUUAAUCUCUUCUAGCCUUGAUUUUCAAAGACAAAAAAAAGUUGAAAGAUGAGGCUGUUGCUAACUGCUGACUGGUGCCUAAGCUCUUAAGUAUUUAAAGUGUUUGUGAGUGGUAUGUACUGAUACUUGCAUGAGUGGGCAGAGAACUUGAAGUGAUUUUAAUGGGGAAUCCUACCUUUAAUUAUUUAUAUUGAACUUCAGCUAUGUAAAAGGCAGGUUUCCUUUACUAUCAAUACCAGUUUUUGUCUUUGUUUUUGGCUGAAUAAAUUGAAAGAGAGGAAAAGACCAGUUUUUUUU